CCGUGGCCUAUCUAUGUGUAUUUAAUCUAAGCUUCUUGUUAUAAGAUUAUUUAAUAUUAUUUUUAUUGAGUACUACAUUUAAACAUAAAUAUAAAAUAUUAUUUUACACCAUAAACUAAGAAUACUUUGUUUUUUGUACAUCAUAUUUAUCUUUUUUUAUAUUUUGUUUUAAUUAUACCUUAUACUAUCCUAUACUAAAUUAACUUGAUGAAAUAUGUAGUUGAUAGUUUUAAUUUAAAAUGUUUAUACAUCACACGUUGAGUUUUUUAAGAAGUGUAAGAAUUAUUCCUUUAAAUAAUUACUACCAUACUGCAGCAAAACUGAAACAAGAAUGCUUAGCUACUUCACAAUUAAAAUUUGUUCAUGAAAAGGAAAAAAAAUUAAAACUUUGUAUUGACAAUGGACUGUCUGAAAUUGUAGUAAAAAAAAAUGAUUGGCUUUUUAACUUUAAAUGUGAAUACUUGAGUAAUGGCUUUGAUUUAUUAAAAAAAUGGAAUCCUGAACAAAUGGAUGAUCUAUUUGUACUUCUACAAUUGCCAAAAUCAAAACUAAUCUACUUAACAAAAAAAACUAUGAGAGAAUCUACAACUAUACCUUAUAAAAAUCGAGUAUAUUUUUUUUCAAAUAACUUUGAGAAAGAUCCACAAAUUGUUUGUUAUCACAUGAUGAUCUACAAAUUUUUAUUUACUCGUCAAUUUUCAAUGUUACAAGCCAUUUACAAAUUAUUAAUUAAAAACGAAGUUGGGAAAGAAGACAUUUGGAAAGACAUAUGGGUAUUCACAUAUAGUGUUGAUCAAAUAAAACAAAGAAUUGCACGUGCUAAUGCAGCAAAUGUUAAAAUUAAACCUUGGAUGAUAAGAUGCCAGAAUAAAACAUUAGAAAGGUCAUUAGAAAUUAAACAAAAAAAUAGAAAUGUUUUGAACAAAUGUUCAACUGCUCAAUAUUUAGCUAACAGACUGAAUGUAGAUGAAAAAUUUAUACGUGACAUCAGUGCAAAAUAUCCUACAAUGCUUAGAGUAAGUCCUACUAAACUUCAAGAACUUUUAGACUAUUUACUGAAUGAAGGAUUUACACCGUGGCAAAUCUUAAGAAUUCCUCGUAUUUUUACUCAUAGCAUUUCUACAUUACAAGAAAGAUUGACAGAGUUAAGAGAUCUAGGUUGUGAUCCUACUUUGACUACAUUAUGUAAAAAUAAAACUACCUAUCACGAGUUAGUUGAUAAAUUAAUUAUGAAAAAUACAAAUAAGCUAAAAGAAACUUAGCAUUUAUUUACUGUCUAUGAUACAUAACCAUAUGUGUUUAAACUGCUUCAAUGUGUAUGACUUUUGUAAGUGAUACUUUAUAAUUUAGUUAUAUAAUAAAAUUCUAUUAUUAUAA